AUGUCUAAGUUCGACGCUGCACCACCUAAUACCCACGCCGGCGGGGACGACGAUGCCCUUCGAGGGCAAGGCUCGCUCCCGAUGAACCCGGUCAGCGACUUUGAAGAGAAUGUCGACAUGGUGGCGUAUAGAAAAGCCGUGCCGCUGUGGAAGCGUGUUUAUCAGCACAGUUUGACGCAAAUGAUGCUUCUAAGCGUCCAAGCAUUUUGCGGUCCAGCUAUGGCAGACGCAAUCGCCGGUCUAGGUGGUGGUGGUCUUGCAACUCCCCAGACGUCUAACAUUGCUACUGCGAUCAACUAUGCCAUGCUUGCCACAGUUUGCAUGUUUGGUGGUCCUCUUGUCAACAAGCUCGGCACGAAGUGGGCGUUGGUCAUCGGCGCCAUGUCAUUCCCUAUCCGUGGCUCAUCUUACUACUGCAAUAGUAAAUUUGGCAACCAAUGGUACCUCAUUUUCGGCGGUUUCGUCACUGGUAUCGGUAGCGGCUGUUGGUAUGUCGCCGAAUCAGGAUCUAUUAUGUCACUUGCUCCAUCAGGGGCUCGUGGAAAGUACCUGGCUCUGUGGAUCGUCUCCCGAAAUCUUGGGCAGCUGGUUGGAGGCGCUAUUAACCUGUCCAAAAACCACAUCAAAGGAGCGAAUGGCGGUGUCACGCCCGACACUUAUAUCGCCUUCUUGAUCAUCGAAAGCUUGGCGCUACCAUUCGCCUUCUUAAUCUCUCCUCUCGAAAAUGUCGUCCGAUCUGAUGGCACGCGCAUUCUCGUCUCGGAGAAGCUCUCGUUCAAGCAGGAAACCAAGCUCAUCAGGUUCACCAUGUCUUCCAAGCUUAUCCUCCUCUCAGCUCUUUGGGCACUCUGGUCCUUCUUCUAUAGCGGUACCUGGUCCACCUAUCUCGCGACAUAUUUCUCCACCCGUUCUCGUGCCCUGUCUUCGCUCAUCUCGCCAUUCUUCUGCAUCGUUGGCUGUUUCGGCCUUGGAUUUAUUCUCGACAUCAAAUCCCUUAGCCAACGUCGGAGAGCGCAGCUUGGCUUGUUCACCGUCGUCAUCCUCAACCUUGGCGUCUACAUUUGGUCCAUUGUGAUGCAGGUGAAAUUCAACGUUCACAGCCCGGGUAAAAUCGAUUGGGACGACUCUCUCUUUGCUACGUCCUUCUUGCCAUAUUUCUUCGUGCAGACCACGGGCCCCUUGUCACAGUCAUAUAUGUACUGGCUUCUUUCCUCCUUUGCAACGGACGCGCAGGCCAACGUUCGUAACGGCGCCGCCUUCAGAUGUCUCGAAGCUGUCGGUCAAGCCAUAUCUUAUGGCAUGAAUACCCAAAUCAAAGCUGAUCCUCUAGUCGGAUUUUGCGUCACGUUUGCUCUGAUGGCCGCUGCCGUUGUACCCAUGCUCCUCCUCGUGAACUCUACACCGGAUCGCAUUCCGGCUGAUGUGAUUCUCGAGGAACAGGAGGCGCAAGAGGAGAAGAAGUUGGAAGGGCUUAAGUCUGAAUCAUAAUGUAUUCGCGAAGGGAGUACGGCUGGAAGAACCGGAUACUGUUAAAUUCAGGGGUAAUUGUGAGAAGUCAUAUAGGAAGAGAUAAAGAAUUUACGCAGACUCGAUACUUAGUGAACGUAGCAUCAUUAUUUAGUUCAUUACCUAUUUAAGGCCCGGGUUGAUCACCUCGUCCUCGUCAUGUGCAAUUCGACUAUCUCGGCAAAGUGACGACACAUCGUCAACGGUGUCUCUCUCAUUAUGCCCUACUUGACCAUCAUGCCAGGAUAUGUCGAUUUAAUAUGCGCGAGGCAAAGUCGGUAAGCUGGC